UAGUUAAUUGUUGACCAAUCGUAAACAACGGCCCGUAACUAUUUGCAUGUUAUCGAAAAUUCCUUCAAGCGUUGUUCUAUCUGCCAGUUUAAACUGUCAAAUUAUCUCUUCUUUAAAAUUCGAAAUUAAGAUAAUGGAGAUUAGGAUGCAGUUUCCCCAAGCACGGACCGUUUCACUAACUGAUGUUACUCCGGGUACAUAAAAAUGCAACACGUGGCGCAAAAUCUAAGAAUGGGACCGAAACGCUCAGUUAAACGGUCUCUCCAGUUAGAAAAAAAGGAAGCAGAGAAAACACCAUGUAAGAAGAAACCCAUGAUUUCCAAGGAAAUGUUUUCACCAGUCACUGGAACACAGCGUCUUAGUCCUUAUACUCCCAAGGAUUCUCAUUUUAGGACAUACUCUGGUGCUCCAGAGUUGCAGACAGAGAAGACAACGGUAUCCACAAGAGGGCAGCUGAAUUCAGACCAGAAAGAAUUAAAUAUAUUAAGGUCAAAGGUGGAGAAGUCUGUCUUGGUUAUCCAGUCAAUCAGAGAUAAACUGAGUGCUUUGAAGGCUUUAGAGAACACUAAAGAGUUUGGGUAUAUCAUUGGUGCCUGGAACAAGUCAGGUGACUUAGCCACUGAGCUCCGCAGAAACAGGGAACUUAUGGCACAAGUUGAAAGAAGCAAAAGAACUGCUAAAGUUCAGGAGAGAUGAAAGUGUAAAUCUUUGAAUUCACUUUUUAAUACAUUUUUUCACUGUAUCUUUCAAAGCUGCAUAGCUGUCCUUCGUGAUGCAUUAAUAAUCUUUUUUCUUAAAAUUGUCAUUUGUUAAAGUGCUGUACAUUAAACUGAAUUUCAUGUGUACUGUCUCCAAAGGGAUACUCCUGAAAUAACCUUAUACUCAAUAGUUAAGUUAAAAUAUCAAUGUUAUUUGUUAAAAGAGGUGUCAAUUGGGAUCAACAUUUGAAACAUCUUCUCUAACUAUCAUUCAGAUUGAAGUGAAACAUUCUUCAGAAAUCAAAACUGCAGAUGCUGGAAAUCUAAUAAAGAGAAAACAAAACUGAGUUAAUGUUUCAAAACUGACAAAGGGUUUUCAACCUAAAAUGUUAACAUUCUCUUUCCACAGAUGCUACGAGAUCUAGCUGAACCAUUUUCCCUUUCCUGAUGAUCUCACAUACAUUGUAUGCUGAGAACCCCCUGACUGUUCAGGUUUAGUACACCCAUCUGUUACAAAAUAAGGUUCUUUUACUCUGAGGUGCACUCAAUCCAAGUAUCCCUAUCUUUGAUCGUAUCUGAAUCUAUAGUGUAUUUCAAAAGUAUUGAUUCCAUAGUCACCUAGAAUAGGAUUGCUUCAUUUUGUGCUUUCCACAAGUCCAGUCUAGUACUCCCCUGACAACUGGAAUUCUGCUUAUCUUAUGUUAAAACAAUAAUUUUUAUCAUCUACUUGCACAAGUAUCUACUAGAAUCAUAGAAACUAAUUGCACAAAAGAAGAUCAUUUUGCUCAUUUCUAUGCAGGCCAAACAUAAACUUUAGCUUUAUCUCAGUUCCAAGUUCUUUGUCUAUAGCCUUGUCCACAUCCUCAUGGUUUUCUCAUAUUCAUCCAUGCAUCAAAUACAAGAAUGGGAGGCCGUGCUCAAACUUAACAAAAGUUAUUUAUGCCAUAGCUAGAAUGCUAUGCAUGGUUAUGUUUAUCACAUUAAGGGAAGGAUGUAAUGGCACGACACAAGGUGCAGGGGAGAUUUAUGAGGAUGUUUCCAGGGCUGGAGAUGAUUUCUGCUUCCACCACCUGUUCAGAUAUGAUAUCCAGUUCCCCAAAAUUUACUGUGUGAUACAGUUUUUUUCCUUAGCCCUCUACUAAUUUGCAUCUUAAUCCUUGAGUUACUAAGUACUCUACUGAUGGGAAAUAGGUCCUUUCUGUUUUACACUCCUUAAUUACAUUUCCCCUUACUCUUUGUUCCAAAGGAAAAAUAUUCAUUCUCUUAUUACUAUAACGUUCUAGACCUGGCAAAGUCAAAGUUGCCCCUGCUUAACAGUCCAACUUUUUCGUAUUCUACCUUACUUUAUGAAGGUAAAUCUUUUAUUGGCACCUUGAAGCAUCAUUUGCAUCCACACUUGAACUGCAGUUGCGGUAUACUGUAAAAAAAUAACAUAUUCUUUCCCUUCAUGUAUGUAGAGAACGUAUCAGGGUAUGCCUUGAUUCUUUCUACCAUUAUUUUUUCAUUCACCUCUUUAUAUUCCUAACUUUUCAGUUUCACCCCUGUACUUUCAAAUGUACUGCAGCACCGUGCUCAUUGUCUGUCUUAUACUUUACCCUGUCUCGUACUACCCAUGGGCAGCUAGAACUGGAAAUUCUUCUCAUGAUUACUUGUUUGUUGUGAGUCUCAACAUCUUCUCAUUGAAAGCCUCCCACAGCCCUGACAAUGAUUAGCCUUCCAGCAGCUGUUUUAGUCUAUUAUUUUCUAAACCAAUUUAGUAAAAUUGCCUUUACCAACUUAGAACCUUUAGUCAAUCUAUCUGUGCCCAUUUUUUUUAAUAACUGCUAAAUCUAGCCAGCCAUCUUUUUCUCUUGUCUGGAUUCAUUCCCUCUUUUCUUCAUUUUAGUGCUUAAGUUGAACUUAUAAGGUCCCAUUUGUUGAUCAUUGCAGGAUAAUGACCCCUUCUUCUGGUUUGGAAGAUGCAAUCAAAAAUUGGAAUUUUUUCUUAUGAUCCCAAAUCAUUUGUUUAUUUUGGAUUCAAACUGGCUGAUUUCUUGAGUUUAUUGGUAAAACUGGUUCCUUUGAUUGGUGAAACAACCAGGAACCUGAAUCUUAAUUCAUGCAACAUUUAAAGUCAUAGCCAUCAAGCACGGUAAAUAUGCCCUUCAGCCCACCAAAUCCACACCAUCCUUGUACCUAUCUAGACCAAUCCCAUUUGCCAAUGUCGGGGCUGUAAUCUUAUCUCCCUUGGUAAUUCAAGUGUUUUCCCUAAUCUGAUUUAGGGUUAAUAGAACACACUUCCUCUAUACAAACUUAGGAGUUGUUACAUGCAAUGCAGGAGGCUGUGGUGUUCAACAGCUUUUUCCUGCUAGAGUCUUCUUUUGCCAGCUAAUGAAUUUCUUUGCAUUUGAAACAUCUCCCAGAGAAAAACAACCCAAAUAAAUGACUGUCUUUCACAUCUAUUCUCUUUUGGGGUCAGAAUGACUUGGCACUGUCACUGAGAAAGCCACCAGAUCAAUAUGGACUUUGGAGUUCUUCAUAAGACCAUAAGACACAGGAGCAGAAUUAGGCCAUUCAGCCCAUCAAGUGCUCUGCCAUUCCGUCAUGGCUGAUCCCAAGUCCCACUCAAAUCCAUACACCUGCCUUCUCGCCAUAUCCUUUGAUGCCCUGACCGAUCAGGAAAUGAUCAACUUCUGAUAUAACGGACUACUCCUCCACCGCAGUCUGUGGCAGAGCAUUCCACAGAUUCACUACUCUUUGGCUAAAAAAAAAUUCUUCCUUACCUCUGUUCUAAAAGAUCACCCUUCAAUUUUGAGGCUGUGUCUCACACCAUAGGAAACAUCCUCUCCACAUUCACCCUAUUUAGUCCUUUCAACAUUCUGUAGGUUUCAAUGAGAUCCCCACUUAUUCUUCUAAAUUCCAGUGGUCUCAAUACUGACCCCUGAGGAACACCACUGGUCACCUGCAGCCAAACAGAAAAGGCCCCUUUUAUUCCCACACUGCCUCCUGCCUAUCAGCCAUUCCUCUAUCCAUACCAGUAUCUUUCCUGUAAUGCCAUAGGAUUUUAUCUUGUUAAACAACCUCAUGUGUGGCAUCUUAUCAAGUGCCUUCUGAAAAUCCAAGUAAAUGACAUCCACUGCCUCUCCUUUGUCCACCCUGCUUGUUACUUCCUCAAAGAAUACUAACAGUUUGUCAGGCAAGAUUUCCCUUCACAGAAACCAUGUCGGCUUUGACUUAUUUUGUCAUUAGUCUCCAAGUAUCCUGGCCUAUAAUUACCUUUCUUUUGCCUUCCUCCCUUCUUAAACAGUGGAGUGAUAUUUGCAAUUUUCCAGUCCUCUGGGACCAUGCCAGAAUCAAGUGGUUCUUGAAAGUUCAUAACCAAUGCAUCUGCUAUCUCUUCAGCAAUCUCUCUCAGGAUUCUGGGAUGUAGUCCAUCUGGUCCAGGUGACUUAUCCACCGUAAGACCUUUGAGUUUUCCUAGUACUUUUUCCUUUGUAAUAGCAAUAGCACUCACUCCUGGUCCCUGCCACUCAAGGGCCUCUGGCACACUGCUAGUGUCUUCCACAGUGAAGGCAAAUGCAAAGUACCUGUUAAGUUCAUCUGCCAUUUCUUUGUCCCCCAUUACUACCUUACCAGCAUCAUUUUCUAGUGGUCCAAUAUCAACUCUCACCACGAUGUAACUGAAUAAACUUUUGGUAUCCUUAUUUAUAUUAUUGGCUGGUUUGCCCUCAUAUUGCACCUUUUUCCUUCUUAUAGCUUCUUUAGUUGCCUUUUGCUGGAUUUUAAAAGCUGCUGUGGGACAUAUCCGUCCUGCGCCUUGUGAACUAUUCCCAGAAACUUCAGCCACCUCUGCUCUGCCAUCAUCCCCGCCAGUAUCCUUCCCCAAUCCACCUGGGCAAGCUCCUCUCUCAAGCCUCUGUAAUUCCUUUUAUUCCAUUGCGAAACUGAUACAUGUGACUUAUGCUUCUUCCUUUCUAAUUGCAAUAUGAAUUCAAUCAUAUUAUGAUCACUGCCUCCUAAGAGUUCUUUUACAUUAAAUUCCCUAAUAAAAUCUGGAUUAUUACACAACACUCAUUCUAAAGUAGCCCUUCCCCGAGUAUGCUCAAGCACAAGCUGCUCUAAAAAGCCAUCUCAUAGGCAUUCAACAAUUUCCCUCUAUUGCGAUCUGACACCAACCUGAUUCUCCCAAUCCCUUUGCAUAUUGAAGUCCUCCAUUACAAUUGUGUCAUCAUCUUUGUUACAUGCCUUUUCCAGCACCCUUUGCAAUCUCAACCCCACAUCUCGGCUACUAUUUGGAGGCCUAUAUAUGAUUCCCAUAAUUUAUUUUCUACCCUUGCAGUUUCGUAACUCCACUCACGAAGAUUCAACAUUCUCUGACCUCAUGUCACCUCUUUCUAAAGAUGUAAUUCCAUCUCUUACCAAUAGAGCCACACCACCACCAUCUAUGCCUUCCUGCCUGUCAUUUUGAUACAAAGUGUAUCCUUUGAUGUUAAACUCCCAACUAUGGCCUUCUUUCAACCACAAGAAAGAGAUGCCCACAACGUCCAUACCGACCAAUCUUUAAUUACACCAUGAGUUUGUCAGCCUUGUUAUGAAUGCUACACACAUUUAAAUACAGCACCUUCAGUCCUGCAUUCUUUGUCCUUUUGAAUUUUGCCUCUGUGGUACAAUUUAACUCAUUGCUGUGUCUGCAUUUGUACCCAAACAUUGGCUUGACUUUCAUUACCUUCAUGUUACGGCCAUUAUCUACUCCCUCUUCUCCCUCCUGCCAUCUGGCAAAAGGUACCAAAGCAUUUGGGCUCUCACGACCAGACUGUGUAACAGUUUCUUCCCCCAAGCCAUUAGACUGCUCAAUUCUCAGAGUCCAGAGUCUAGUCUGACACCAACCUACACACACACACACACACACACAAUUGAACAUCACUCCAAUCCCUAAGCAAUUUUUGCUCAUUUCUUUCUUAAUUCCUGCUAAAACAUUGUUUACAUUUACAUUAUUUAUUAUUAUAUUGUAAUUUGUCCUUUACUGUGUCUAAUGUCUUGUUUAUUAAUUAUUGUAUUGUCUUGCACUGUUUUGUGCACUUUUAUGUAGUCCCGUGCAGGCCUGAAGUCUGAUGUAGUUUUGUGUUGUUUCACGUAGUUUAGUGUAGUUUUGUGUUGUUUCAUGUAGCACCAUGGUCCUGGAGGAUCGUUGUUGCGUUUUUACUGUGUACUGUACCAGCAGUUAUGGUUAAAAUGACAAUA